AAAACCUAUUCUUGUUUUUUCAUACUUUGAUACUUGCAAAAAGGUUUCAGAUAUGUGCCUUGUAAGACAUUUAAAUGCCCCUGCAGCCCAAUCGCAUAUGAGACUGAUCAUUUUACUUAUAAUCUCAUGCAUCCCUAUUGUGUUGCAAUCUGGCUCCAAGAGACAAAAAAUAUAUAUAAUUUAAACAUGACUGUUGCUUUUAUUAUUACGUUAUAUACUGAUAGUAUUGAUGCAAUUGCUGUUUGUAAAAAAAACAGGAUUUCCACAUAUGUCUCUGCUAUGCUUCACUGUGAUGUGCUGUGUGCCUCUGCUUGCUCACGUCUAUUCCUGCUAUUUUCUGUUUGCAUUCACUGCGCUCACUGUCUCCUGUGUUCCAUUCUCUCUGCUUUCUUUCCGCUGGCAUGGAAAUCUUAACACUGCAACUACUGAAUAGCAAAUUGGGCUUCACUACAUUAGCCAGAAUUUAUGCCUGGACCCCUUAGAACUGCCAGUUUUUGGCUCAUGGAGUGAUCCACGAACAGGCCUGGCAAGUUUCCAGGGUGUGAAUCACCACCAAACUGACGUUGUAUGAUCUACCUAGGGAAUGCCCCUCUUAAAAUAACCUUUUUUUGAAACCUUUGAGACCUGCCAACAUUAGCUGGGGAAGAGUGAAUUGGGCAUAGCAAGGACACACCCCUUGCUAUUUUCUCCACUACAGGUGGAUCAAAAAAAUGCUCCGUCAGCUUCGUCUAAUGGAUUAUCCGACUCGGGGAGUUUGGCUAAUAUCCACUUGGCAGAGAUCAGCCAGAUUCACGUCCGUGUCUGUUUUUGGCUUAGUUGUACCAAAACAAAGCUCUCAGCCGGGUUUAAAUAGUCCUUUGCCAACAUUUGAAUUGCACCCUUAAUCUUUAUUUUAUCAAAAUGGCAACGUCUAUAUUCCAUGCUGAAUUCGUAGUACUGUUUUGUAAGUGUAAUAAAGUUUGCAGACAAAUGAUUCAAGUCCUGUGACAUCGGCCUCAUAAAAAAAUAUGAAUUCCACGUGCGCUUUCCAUUGAUGCAGUGCUUGAUGUACAAAAAAAACAAGAUUCUAUCUUUCAAGACUUUAUUUUUCGAAUAUGUUAAAUGCCAGAUUAAGAGAAUGCAAUUUACACUCGCACAUACCAUAUUCAGUUGCUUUAAGAAAAUAGCGUUUCGACUUUUUACCAUUGCUUUAACAAUAUUAAUGAAUAUUAUUUAAGAAAUUUCACUCCUACUGUGUCGACAUGCAGGAAAGUGCAAUUGUGGUUAAUGCACUUUAACGUUUUGUAUAAAUAUUUGGAUAAUGACAGGCCAAUUGAUUUGUUUUCAUUGUAUGGGUUGAUAUCAAUUCUUAAGGGGGAACCGAAACUGUUGGAUCUGCAGCGGCCAAUUGCAUUACCCCGGCGUUUGCUCGUGCCAACUACUGCCUUUUCCGUGUGACCCGUUUCUCAUUGGUGGAGAUGCAUGCAAUCGUUUGCCAGAGAGUGGAGGUGGUUAUGACAUUUGGGCUCACGACGACAAACAUUGCUUAGAGGAGAAACAUGGGACGUGCGGUGCUGGCCGCUCAGAGUCAGUCUUCCCUGUUGUGCCAUCCACCCCGACAAGGAAACUCGGCGCUCCUGCUACUGGACGCUGCUGCGUCUCACCUUUGUGGCCAAGACCACGAAUACACGUUCUUCUAAAUCAGACCUAAGUUAAACAUAAUUUGGGAUGAUUGAGCCAGAGGAAUUGCCUCUAGUGAUUGAUUCGGACAUCCACAGCAAAGUCCCCGUGGUUGUGGAGAUCAUCCCAGCAAAAGGAACAGAUCGCCCAUUUGUAAGAAGAGAUCUUGUAAAUCCAGUACGACCACUGCGAGCCGGGACAGUCAGCCCUUUGCAUCAGCUGUCUGGUGGCGACUUAACUCAAGUCAAGGUAGAUAAUUCACUGACUAUGGUCAACUCUGGUGGCCAGGGCAUCCAAGGGAGAGCUGAGACGGCUCGCCAGCAGCAGCUGGGAGUUGUGAUAUCUUGUGGCCGACCGGGGUCGGACAAUGACAGUGUCGUCUAUUACGCAACAAAAGACGACGGGCUAGCUGGUGAUUCUGGGCCGCAGGCUGGGCGGCAGACACCUAGAGCGUACGUCGAGAUGCCCAACAUUGUGAUAGAUGCAGAGAUGAGCGCAGUGGAGCCCACAAAGGCGACGGCGUCCCCACCAACCCAGGACCUGAACUAUGCCGAGUUUGCGGACGUAUCCCAUGGAGACGAAGAAGAGGAUGGAGAAGGAAGAGAAGGAGCGAGCAGAAUGAAGGCCACGGCACAUGGCAGCACAGCGCACAAUCAGAGGCACGCCUGUGAGGAGGUCAAUGCGCAGGUGGACGGAGAGCAGCAACGUGAAGGGGAGCUGCCCGUCCAUCCCCUGGAAAACUUCAGUCGGGAAGAGAGGGCCGAGGCUGACUCUCAGCUCGACCUUCCAGCAGACGCACAGAAACGCAUGCAGUCGCAGGUGCAGUCAAGAAAGAGAGCCAAGUCGGGCGUCAAGAUGAAGCUGGUGCGGAGCCUGGCGGUGUGUGACGAACCGUCUCCUCCCCUGGUGGACGGCGACGGCCAAGAGAGCCAGGAGCCUCAGUUAGACAACAGAAACAGGAAAGAAGAAGAGAGGCCAUGCAAGGAGGGCUCCGGCAAGGAGAAACUAGCAGAGAAGGCUCUGAGUGACAAACCCGAGAAGGCGGCUCCCAAGGCACAGAAAGUACUCUCCCGAGAUUCUAGCCAGGACUACACUGACUCAACGGGUGUGGACGUGCACGAGUUCUUGGUGAACACGCUCAGAAACAACCCCAGAGACAGAAUGAUGCUUCUGAAGAUGGAGCAAGAGCUCACCGACUUCGUACAAGACAACAAGCAACACUAUAGGAAAUUCCCACCGAUGACGUCGUACCACCGCAUGCUCGUGCACCGUGUAGCUGCCUACUUCGGGAUGGACCACAACGUGGACCAGACGGGCAAGGCCGUGGUGGUGAACAAGACGCCCAGCACGCGCAUCCCUGAGCAGAGGUUUUCCGAGCAUUUUAAAGAUGAUGGUCCGUGUGAUGAAGCUCAGAAGCGUUUCAUUCUAAAGAGGGACAACUCCAGCUUGGACAAAGAUGACAUGCAGCGCAUCCGGCUGCUGCAGGGCGAGCGGCGCAGCAAGUCAAUUGAGGAGCGGGAAGAGGAGUACCAGCGUGCCCGAGAGAGAAUCUUCGCUCAGGAUGCCAUAUCUGCGCAAGACACUCCUCAGAUUGAAAUCAGAAUCCAGGAGGAUGGCAGCACCCCUAAUAGCACUCACAAACGGCGGCAAAUGUUUAGAAGCCGGAAGGACAGCGGGCGGCUCUCCAACGGGGGGCGACAGAGCAGCACUGACACGGAGUUGAGGCCCUCGGAGCCCCGGCCCUGGAGCAGCACAGACUCGGAGAGCUCGGGCCACCGGCUGUCACGGCCAGCUGUCACCAAGGCCAGUAGCUUCGGCGGCAUCUCAGUGCUGGUACGCGGGGACAGCACCUCGAGCAGCAACAAGAGCUCUGUGGGACGGCUCUCCAAAACCGGCUCUGAGUCAUCCAGCAGUGUGGGGUCGUCCUCAGGCUCGCUUGCUCGCCCUGCCGAGACAUCCACCACAGCCGCCCCCAGUGUCCCAGGCCCCAUGCCCAGUGGCCUCGUUGGCUCGGGAGGGAUGGCCGUUGGGAUGGGCCCGCCCGCCGCCAGCGGCCCCAGCUAUUACCUGUUGCACCUGGACUCAGCGGGCAUUCCACCCGGCAGCAUUCUCAUAAACCCACAGACAGGGCAGCCGCUGCUGAAUGCGGAUGGGUCCCUGGCAGUGUACAACCCUCCCACCGGGCAGGUACAGCAACCGCAGCAGCAGCAGCAGCAGCAGAUAGCCACACAGAUGGUGGGGCCUGGUACCUGCCAGCAGUUGCUCCACCAACGACCAAAUCCACAGCAGCGACAGCAACUCCCCCACCAGGCCGCACAGUGCGUGGCACUCGCGUCCCAGCCUGGCUCAUACCCACUGGCAUCCUACGCUCCCAGCACAGCCACCCACCACCCUGCGGCCCCCACGCAGCCGCUAAUGCCUGUACUUCACACCCAGCAGCAGCAGCAGUACCACACGCCAGAGGAGCUGGGCCCACACUUUGGCCAAAUGAGCCUGAAUCGUCAGACGUCGGGUGACACGCUGGAUGCCAUGCAGCCGCACGGCCACGCGGCCAUGUGCCCCGUCAUGGUGCAGGGCUCCCAGCAGCCUGCCUACAUCGGAGUGUCUGGCAUCUCAGGCCUGCUGCACCAAGGGGGUUUCCACAUGGGAGCGUCAGCAGGACCCACAGGGCAGGGCAGUACUGGGCAGCAGCCAGGCCUCCAGCAGCAGCAGAGCUAUGGGCAAGCCCAGCAGCAUGGUCAGAUGACCGUUUACUUCUGCCCUCCAUCCCCAUAUCCUCCACCGGGGCAGCAGUACCGGGGUGGAGCUACCAUGCAGUAUAGUGGUUCUCGCGGCCAGCAGCCGAGUUAUCAGCCCAUGAGUGCGGUGCCACAGCCUGCCUACGUGAGCAUGCAGCCACCGCCGGGCCAGGGCAUGAUGCCGGGGCAGCAGGGAGGCCUGGCGCACCCCAUGCCUGGGGCCCUGGGAAGUCCAGUGCAGGGGCCCGUUGGCAGCACCUUGCAAGGAAUGAUGAGCCACUACCCUCCCAUGUCGGCGUAUCACAUGGCUCAGGCUGCCCCCUUGGGGCCCGUGCCCCCACCCCCUCCCCCUCAACAGCAGUACCAGCAGCCCGUGCUUCUCAGUGGACAGCCCCACGGCACCAUGCCUCCCAUGUUCUGCAGCAUGGGCCAGCCGGCCCUGCAGAGCAAUCUAAGUGGUUCAGUUCUAGGCUACCUGCAGCCCCCUGGCAUGGAGCAGCUGCAGUUUCCAAGAACUCAGUCCCCCGCCGCCUCCCAACCCCCGCACGGGCAGCACUACGCAGUGUUCGGCUACGUACAAGGACAACGGCCGCCCUCACCACUCGUGCAGCAGCACCAGCAGCAUCAACAUCAUCACCAUGGGCUGGCGCAGGCUCACAGGGGCCCGUCCGCAAGCCACGUUCCAGCGGGACUCUCUGGAGGCCCACCUACUGCCGCGCCGGCAUCGCACAUGGGCUCUAAGUCCCCGCCCACGGCGCUCACCCUCGUGCCAGGUCUGUCGCCGGGAGGGCAUGGCGUGUUCCUGAUGCAGCUGAGUCUGCCGAGUGGGGCCCACCCAGCGCACGCACCGUCUCCCACGCGCUGGGGCCAACGCCGAGGCCUGAGCCUCGAUCAGAGGCUGCCUCGAGGAGCCGAGUUCAACCACGCCGACUUCCCUGUCCAGGGAAGCCCUCACCUCCACAGCCCCAUGCUGUCGCCGUCGCAGUCGCCCUCUUCCACUCCGCUGGCCGCCCUGGGCUCCAUCCGCUCAGGACUCCUGCCCCUGCCCAUGGUGCAACACCGGCAUAUUGCGCCCAUGCAUGGCGAUAUCCGAUAUCCACUGCUGGGCCCUCAUUUGCAGUACAACUCCCAGCCGUGCAGCUUGCAGCCACAAACCCCACACUCCAUGUCUAUGCAGCAGGUGAGGCUUGGCGGACGAGGGAGGCGGAUGCCACACAAAGCACUCUCCGAGGACGCCAGCUCCGUGGAGCCAGCAGUGCUGGGCGGGGGUGCCACGCUGGAGGUGACCGACCUGCCGGCUGGGAUCUAUCGCUCCGAGGUUGACUCGCUCCUCAGCAAGCUCUCGGCCGCCGGUGGUGAGCUGCACUGGUUCAGGGACGCCACGUCGGAUGACGUAGUGGCCACCGCCAUUCGUCCCAACAGACACUCCGGCGCCGCCAGUGACGUGACUAAGCCUCAGUGGGAGGCGCCAGCCAGGGACUGCACGCCGCACUGGGAACCGAGCGAGGCCUCCACGCGUGGUGCCGCCGCCGUGCCAUCGCAGCCGAAUGCGCACCGGAAGGCGAACCCAGCGACGGCGUCCAAGCACGCGGACACCAACGCUGUGAGCGCGUUCCAGGGGAAUGGCGCGUACCCCGACACAAGCAGCCAGGGGCACGGCAAGAGCGAGGUGAAGCCCCACACGGGCACCGAGCCCACCCAGAGGCACGGCGGCAGCAAGGGGCACCAGCAGCAGGACGUGGCAGACCGGCAUGACCGGAACCUGGCCUCCAACCACAAAGUAGUGGCGGUGUUCCCCAGCCACCAGCAGGCCCAGGCUACCUUGGCCAGGCUUGGCCACGGCCCCAGCAAAGGGUAUCGAUUGAGGCCGUUCUGGUACCGUUAAAAGGAGCUGGCCCCCAUGGAGAGGGCCAGCUCCCUAGAGAGGGCCAGCUCACACUAGCGCAGAGCGACCUGGCCAGGGUGAAGACCCACACGCGCGCACACUCUUAUGCACGUGUAAAACCACACGCGGGAUCGAAACGAGUAAAUGUAUACAAGGAGUCCAUACUCUUUGGUUCUUUCGGUAAAGUCACGUAGAAAAACAAUAAUAGAUCACGUCGUUUCGAUCGCCACACAGGCGGUCGUCCUCACCUGAGGACGACCGCCUGUGUGGCUGCUUGCGUGGCGAUCGAAACAAGGAGCACACACGCCACGAACACGUUCAAUUACCAUGACCCAGCACACAGAACUUACUUUUUAAAGGAGCCCCUUUUGUUCUCACUAAAUGCACAAGUUCAUAUUGUCCUUGCCGUAGAACACUUGGUUGUUUUAUUGCAUCAUUACAUUUCUGCCAUUUUAUUUUUGUAUUUUGAAAAAGGUUUAUUUCAACAUUAUAUGCAAGAGUUUAACAAAUAUAUAUAACGUCUGAUAACAUGAACAGCCAAUACUGCUGAGACGCCAAUGAGAUUCGAUGCCGCAGAUUCAGUAUUAAAGUCGACUCGCGCAGGUGAUGCUGGUGGGAGUCGCUGCCCAGCAGAAGGAGCUUUUCUGGUCGCUCAAAUUCAGCGGAAAUCUCCAGUAUCCAGCGCUGCCACUCUCCAGGCAUUUAAAAUGACUGCAAAGCAACAUCCUCUGGCGGUGCACGUGCCGCACCCACUCGUUGAGAGUGGUUUCGCGGUUCCUACCGUCGCAGUUUCAGCUGCACAGGCGCGCGACCUAAAUUUGCAUGCUGUGACGCAGCAGCGUUGUCACGCGCAGACGCCGCAACAAUCUGCGUGGGAUUAGUUUGCAAAUGUUUUGCUCGGCAGCCAGCUGCAAUUCUUUGAAACGUUUUUUUUGUUCUCCAGCAAUGGCUCCUGCUGCUUAAUAACAUGCCCAUGUGGACAUUCUCUUUUUUGCAUGAUGGUCCAUUUCAUCGUUAGCUGCGUUGCUUAUUUUGUGUGUCCGAUUUCUUUGUGUUUGGCAUUUUUUUUGGGGGUGGGGGGCAAGGUUUUCCUCGAUUUGUUUAUAUGCUUAGAAAAUUCCCACACCAUAUACACAGCUCAACAUGGCAUGGGUUCUGCAGGCACUACAUUUGAGAAAAUCACGAAAGUAAAAAAAAUGUGUCCCAUCAAGUCAUCACAGGUAUAUUUUAUGGUAAAAGGGCCCCCUUUUUUUAAGGAUUCACAUCCAUUCAGAGAUUGGUGCUGCACUCUGUGAUCUAUCGCGUAAUUCCUUCGAUGCUGGUUGGAGACACUUAUACUUUUUUAUGUUAAUAAUGGUGUUAUCAAGGUGUUGUAAAGAUGUAGGCACGGGACAGCAUGUUAACAUCUAAUCACAUGGGUUCAUCCCUGCGCUGUCGGGUAGAACUAUGUUUAAUACGCUGAGUUUAUCUUGUGCCUCUCGGCAUCAAACCACAAUUUGAAUAUUUUCCUUUGAACAUCAGGCGAGAAACAAACAGCACAGUGGGUGUUGGAAUUAAAGUAAGACUGAUCAAAUCCAUCCAAACCUGCCGAGUAGUGCACAAGAGCACAGUGGGGCAGUCCUGAGUGCAACUCCGCACCGGUUGCAGUGAGUGAUCGACAGCCUCCACGUUAACCUAAAGAUAGGUGAAAAAAAUAAGUCAACAUUUUGUUCCAUUGGACACCUCUGGGAAAUGUCGGUGUUGAAUUAUUGCCACACCGAUGUUUUUCUCCAACUUGUGCUUAUUUCCUUUUGGAUGUUUUGUUGUUGUAAAGUUUAAGCAAAAAUUCUGAUGCACAGUUGCGGGAGAUUGCCUCUUUAGUGUUGCGCUGAAGUGCGUGCGUGGCCCUCCGUAAAAGCUGCGUCGGCGCACUCGCCACAGAGCCACUUUCAACGGAGUGAACGGUUCCAUUCUUGCAGCUGCUUGGUAAUUUUUUCCCGGUGACAUUUUCAAGAUUUAUUUCAAAAUAAACCCAACUCAUUUUGAGAGAGAGAUAAACAAGAGAGACAAACGAAGGAACAUUGCAAUACCUGUUCUUUUUUUUAUAACUUAAGCCACUCCGGGCACUCUUCGUGGAACAGAGGUCAUGAAUCUCAUUGGCUUUCACUGGUGAAAUAAAGGACGGUAAAGUGAGUUUUUUGUUUUGUGAAUCAUCAGCUGCAGGCAUCGGUAACCACGCCACCAUGCAUCCCCUCUUCCGUUCACUCACGCGGCUCAUUCCCUCCCACAAACACCAGCGUGGCAAAGGCGGCAGGAGGCUCCCACCCGGCCGAGCCAGAAGCACGGAACCUCUGCUCCAGUGCAGCUCACCUGCUGCCGACAUCCCGCUGUGCACUCAUUGGCGUUAUUUGGCUCUGUACAAUGCCGAAUUGGAUGUUUGUUGCUCAUGCGCACACGCGGGGCAGCGUCCGCUUGGGUGCCCCCGACCCUUUUUAGGUUUUGAGUUGCGCUGAACCCGCGGCAUCAUUUCUGCCCGGCGUGACCCUCCAUGUGGUCGCAGCAUCCGCGACACUUUUCUCUCUCGAGGUUCAAUGUUUCUCGACACUCCCAGAUGUAGCCGCCACGAGCCGACGUCGUCAGUUCAGUUGUACAUUAUGUAAUUGUUGUGAUAACCAAACUAAAUUAUAUUAAAGAACAAGAAAUUGAAUAAAGUGUAACGUUUGGCCCA